AUGUAUUUCUCAAAAAUUUACGCAUUUGCAAUUUUUACCAAAACUGUUUUCUGUUUCUUUACUUCUCCUGAUUUUAGUCCUAAAAAUGAAGUUCCCCUUCCCAAAGAUUUCACUAUACAAUCUGUUGACGAUUAUGAUCAAUCUGAACUCAAGGCAUCUUUUACACAUUUAUCCCUAACUAUAUAUUUCUUACUUAAAAAGUUGUUACAAAGACAUCGCAAAACUCUGGAUGGCGCUUUAUGCGCAGCUGCAUUUGUCAGAAAUGGAAACACUUUCACUGAUUGUACUACCACUGAAGCUCCAGAUGGUUCUGUUGGAAGAGAAUGGUGCUAUCUAGAGGUUCAGCUGAUAGGUACUGGGGCCAGGGAUUGGGACUUUUGUGCCGGUGUUAUUGAUUAUGAUGCUUUAAGACAUAAAGCUAGAUCACUAAUGGAAUUGAGAAGAAUGGAAUUGGAACAAGCAUAUAGAUCAUUGGUGAGGGAAGAAAGGAGAGUUGACAGCACAUUGUCGAAGUAUGAAGAAGUUUGUGGGUCAGGUGAGCAGGACUACGAGUCUGACAUUUUGAGACUGGAAACAUCUUUAAAGGGUGUGGACAGAGCCAUUGAUCAGCUCAAGUCGAAUAGCACCUCACUACUAUCACUUACUAACAGCCUUGAUUCACUAGAGGACGAACAUGAUUUACUAAAUAAAUCUGCUCUACAUAAUCGCAAAAAUUGCUCUGUCGUUCGGGGUUAUCUUGAUCAAAGUGUGCCUGAUGGACUGAGGGCCAGUUAUUAUAAUAAUCCUUAUUUUCGAGGCGUACCUUCUGGGUUUAUUGAUCACGAAGAUGUGAAUUUGAUGUGGGAGGACAUUGUACCGGUGCCUGGAGUACCUCAUGAUGCAUUUUCGGUCCGUAUUGAGGGUUUCCUAAGUGUUCCUUCUACUGAUGUUUACACGUUCUACAUAAGAAGUGACUGCAAUGUGAGACUCUUUUUGGACGAAGAGGUGAUUGUGUCCCAUGGUUUCGACCCUGAGUCUGACAAUAGCGGGCCAGUUGUCACUCAACCAAUCAACGGCAGACCAACGAUGAACGUUUUUCUCAAGUCAAACUCAUUCCACUUAAUUGGUGGAAAACGUUAUCCUAUCACAGUUGAAUAUUCUCACCAAAAAGUUCUCAAAUAUUACAACUCUAAUAUCGCUAGACUUGCUCUUAGCUGGUCUUCAACCAAUUUUCCAGAACAAAUCAUCACUUCCGAUCACUUUUUCAAAGGGUCUGGGCAAAACUCAGACAUCUCAAUCAGUGGGCUCGAAGGACAAUAUUACACCUUGAGCAUUUUAGAAAAUGGAGCACAGGCGUUUAAGGGUGUUUCAAACUUUGUGAUUGCAGAUGUUCCCGGGAAGUUCAUAGGCUCAAGAAUGAUAACAAUGCACACGAAACCGACCGAACAACUUGUUUCAUUUGAGAUUUCAAACCACUCAGUCGUCUAUGUGGCAAUUCCAACUCUUUCAAACACUCAUCCAAAAGAUGAGGAUGGAGUGAGUUUUGAGAAGAGUUUUGAGGUUUUAUCGGUUUAUGGCAUUGGGGAUAACUGCGGGACUGCGUUCACUCAGAUAGAAUUCACAAUCUACUGGAAGAAAUUUCAGGCUGGAAACGUUAAACUUUUACUCCCAGAUUACACCUCGUCCAUCAUUUUCAUCCUACCAGCAGUCACCAGUGGUCUUUGCAAAGGAGACGUUUCAAUUAUCCCCUAUACUUCAUCAGAUAAAUGCGUAGCAUCUUCUUCAUCUAAUGAGUUGUCGGGAUGUGCUGCUGGAUUUGGAAACGGUGUUCCUUCAGAUGUUGGUUGGAUAACAGCUAAAGGCAAAUUGGAUGGAGAAUUUUUGAGGAGAGACUUUGCUAAGAUGGUUGAGUUGAGGUACUUUCACUUUUCCACUCGGGGAGCUUUAAGGGCUUCUGAGGUGAAUUUUAGGUUUUCGGACGGGAGUCAAGAGGAUUUUGCGCUGAAAGAUGAAUUGCGCUAUGAGUUCAGGACUCCAGUAACUGCGGAGUGGGUAAGAAUUGAAAUCAAGGGGGUGGAGCAGCUUGAGGGCACUGAGAACACAACUGGUGGAGUUUUUACUCUUUUUGGUGUGAUUUGUGAAGGUAUAAGCCAUGUGAGGGAGAAAACAAUGGACAAAGUUGACAUUGCUUUUUGCAGCGGAAAUUGCGAUCAUUCAAACGCCUUAAUCAUUGAUUCAGGGCACAUCAAAACAUCGCAUGGGAAUUUAUACUAUGGAUGGAAUACCAAGGCCAAUCGAUUCCACUGUACGAACGACACCACUACUAAUGACAGUAGUAACGGUUUUAAAUUAAAAGACAACAAAUGGUCAUUGGAGGUUCAGCAUCACGGAGUUUAUAGAGUAAAGGUUAAAUUGGGCCCAAUGUGCAAUGACUUGAAGGGGAUUUCCCUCACAAUAAAUGGUUACGAAGUUUUAGGGUCGGAAAAUUUACAACAUAAUUCAACAAUCACAUACAUUGGAAUAAUAAAUAUGGAAAACAUUGGAAGGAUAGAGUUGGGUAGUGAAACGGAAGGGUUGGGAUUACUAAAUCCUGAAGAAUCUGAGGUGGUAGGGGUUCAAAACCACUCCGGAAUUGAAAUUGAUGCAGAUUUUAAGGGCAUAGUUUUUAGGAAUUACAUUCCUAGGGAUGAAAACCUCAGAAAACUCUGCAAAAACUCACUGGAAGAUUAUUCUGCAAUUGAAAAUACAAUAGAUCAACAAAUCGACAGAACCAUUCUCAAUUAUCAAUCUGAGGAUAUAUUAUCAUUAGUAAGGCCAAGACGUCAGAAUUGGGAUUUGAAGCGUGAAUUGAAUCGCAAAAGGCAAAUUUUAUCUAGUAGAACUGAUGCUGCAAUUUUAAAGCUUCUUCGUGAGAGAAGAGACGAAGAUACUUCACAAACCAACAACACUGAAAAUCAAGCCCUAAUUCACCAAUUUCCCGAUAUUGAUACUGAUGAUUCUGACGAUAUGGAUAUCGAAUAA